ACAAAAUUGAUAAUACGCCCCGAGCCCGUGUUCUAUUCCUUCUCUUUCAGAACUUGCGGAUCAAUGUUUUCUAGAAUCCUAAAAUCUUCAUCUUUCUAAAUCUGCAUCAAAAUCUUUACAUUCUCUCAGAGUCCAUAGCUAAAUCUAGCCUCAGACGUGCAUCAAAACUUUCGAAAGGUUGUGGCACCACGAACUUCAACCAUUAUGCAAGGCGGCAACCUUGAACUUCUUUUACAGAUCCUAGAAGAUUAUGGCAUACCUUUUGAUCGUAAUGCAAUCAAAUCCGAUUAUGCUCGUAGUCCAGCUGCGGUUGAAGCCUGGAUUUCAAAAUACCUUGGUCCAGAAACACUAUUGACCAAGGAUGAAGUUGCACUAUACGGGGUACUGUCACAAUCAGGAGAUGCAGACAAAGUAGCAAGUUUACCAAAUUCAUCGAGUAUAUCCGAUCUGAGUGAUGAACAACUCCAUACCGCUAUCGAGGAAUUACAACGAUCUACUACCGCGAUUGAAAAACAAAGUGAAGCACUCCGAUCACAACAAAACGCCCUGGCUUUAAUUGUCAAGAACAAUAAGAAGGUGGGAGUAGCUCGAACAGAAGUAGAUGCAAAACAGCUACGGAAAUGGGAAGCAGAAAAUGGUCAGGUCUCCUCAGCAGUGGAGGAACUGUCUCAAAAUUUGAUGUAUCAGCUCUCGGACUUGGAGCAACAAAACAAAAUAUCACAAUCCGAUGCCAAACAGACAGUGGACGAGAUUUUCAAGGCGGAUGAUAGACUAUUGGCAAGUUUGCAAAAGCUUGCAGAAGAGCUUGAUCCUGGAUCUUCAGAAGAUCAUGAUACUAUUUCAAGAAUACGGGAUCUUUGUGCGAGGUACAUUAAACAUACUGUCGAUGGAGUUAGGACAAAGCUUGACCGAAUAUACCUCGAGGCUCUUAAUGGUACUUCUGGUGCAGAUCCCCUGAGUGGAAACAAGCAGGAAGUCGCCGAAUUACAAGAAGAGCUCGAAUCAUUAUAUUCCGAGGUAUUACCUGUGGCUCAAAUGUCUGCCGAACAGCAAUAUUUGGAACCAGCAUUACGGGAAAUCGCUGCCAAAGGAGAUUCGGGUCAAGAUCGAGCUUACCAAGCUUUGAAAUACAUGCAAGAAUGCCUUAGUUUUCUCGUCAAGCGUACAGAGAUAUAUGCAGAACAUAUUGAAGAAUACCAGUGUCAUCAGAUGGCCACUAAAUUUGCAAUAGACACCGGAAAGAAAGAGCUUCAACAUCAAGCAGCUUCACAGUCUAGCAAAUCCAUCACACGUCAACGACAAAACUCUCAGGUACAAGCACAAUCCCGUAGUAAUCGCCGACGUUCUUCAAUGUUUGAAGAGAUGGACGCCGAACAACAAUUACUUCGCAAUUUAGGCAUCACACUGCCCAAUGAAAGCGAUACUGAUGACGCGCGGACUGAAUUUCUGGAGAAAUCUCUUCAAGAAAGGACAGAGAAACUUAAGAGUCACAUGGCCAAUCUUGAGUUAACAACUGAAACCACCAUAUCUUCACAUGUGCAUAAUGCCGAUGCCACAAUGAAACUUCUUUACAAUGCCCUUCAAGCUGAUUCAGUAUACGGGGAGGUUCAACUACUUGAUCCAGAUAUUGUAUCGUCAUUCAAUACAUUUGAGGAGGAAAUCAAGAAUUUACAGGAAAAUCUCGAGGCCGUAAAUCUACAAAGGUUACAACUAAAGAAUGUUCAUAAAGAGCAGCUGAUAAAACGUUGGUCAAGGUGACCAUUUGUCUGAGCGAGAAAGAGGGAAGCAAUAGAGGGUGUUCCCUUGCAAAGUGGAUUAAAAGUCGAUAUUCGAGGAGAUACUCUUCAUUAUAUCAAUCACAAUUGAAGACUUCUUAAAGACAUUACUCUUAGGUUUCAGAUGAUAGUGGCAGAUGUCACCAUCAUCACGUGUUUCGAUAUUGGAGGGGUCCACGGUGAUAUCUUACGAUUCAAGCUUGUGGUGGCCAUGCAAAAAAUUGAUCCCGAAAUGCAAGGGCAAGCACCACACGUGGCUUACUAUAUAGGCUUCUUACAUGCAUGCAUGAGGGAGGCUCAUUCCAAAAUCAUCUUUAUUGAAGUUUUUUAUCAUGUUGGCCACUCAAGUCUAUCUAAGACAGCAAUCGAGUCAUAUAUCCGCAGUCAUGCACGAGACUAACCAAGAUCCUGUAGCCGAGAUAAUCAAGUAUUCAUAGCCUUUCAAUCAUCAAGGGUACCUGCGUGACACCAUCCCUCUGAAGUAAAUAACCCUUAUCGCUAGGAUUGUGGAAUAUAUAUAGGUAGGUAUGGCUUAUUGGAAGUUUAGGGUUGGAUGUUAUGUUAGGUUGAGGGGAGAAGAGGGGGAAUUCUUAGAGGGGAAUAUAAUAUUUUGAGAUUUUGAUUGAGAUUUUGAUGGUGGUUUUGAUUUUGAUUGUAGGUAUGGUUAGU